UUCUCACGUCUUCUCUUAGACCGCCAACGUUCUCCGACGUUCACCAUGGCUAGCCGUAACAACUGCUCCGGAAACUGCAAUUCAGGAUCACUCAGAAAUUCCUGCCAUAUCCCAGCCACCCCUUCCAUUGCCCUCUGUUCUACAAACAUGGACUGUGGAGAGGUCUUCUGUGUACCCAGCAACUGCCAAGAUCAUACCUGGUUCAUGGACAACUGCCCGGAGACAUUUGGAGAACCUUCCAGUGGCCAGCCAGGCAGCCAUGAAGCCAGCAGCUAUGAAAACUCUUGUUGCACUUCUGCAUACUAUGUGCCCAGACCCUGCCACGGCUCUGGCUAUCUUCCUGCUUCUGUCAUCUCUGGUGUCUGCCUCCCAGCAUCCUGCAGGCCUGUGAGCUAUGUGUCUAGCAGCUACCGGCCAGUGAGUCCGUUCUUCAACAACUGCCAGCCUGUGGGCUGUGUGUCUGGUGGCUAUCGCCCACUCCCCUGUGUAUCCAGUAGCUGCCGACCCCUGAGCAUUGUCCCUUAUGGGUGCAGGCCUUCGGGUUGUAUGUCUUAUGGCCCUCAAACCAUUCACAUUGUGUCAAAUAGCUGCAGACCUCUGCGGCCUGUCUCUGGUAGUUGCCAACCAGGGACCCGUGUGUUUGGCACUUGUCGUCCAUCUUGCUCUGCACAAGGAGGGCAGUAGCCUCCUUGUUCCAGUGAACAACAACGAUGAGGAGCCAGGAUUAAAAUUGCAGCUCUCUGGACUUUUGCUUCUAUCUGAGUAUCAGUUGCUUCUUCUUGUUUGCACUGUGUCUGAGUUAAUGCAAACUUCCUUUCUCAUUGUGACUUGCUUUUAUCUUUCCUUCAUGUAAAAUCGCUGGCCACUUAAUGUCUUUCAAGUGGGAGGACUAUGUACCUAAUAUGAUCCAUAUUAUAAUAAAUGAGACUUUCCAAAUUAA